GACUGUUGUACGCAGAAUGCAUCUUUUGUCAGAGCUGAUAGGGACAGAGCCCGUGUACCGUUAGAACCGGUCCGGGGUACCGCUUUCCUUCAGGUCUCAUAGAUCAAAGGUAGUCAUGGAGAAUACUGCAGGGAAGUGUGGGUACAGCAGCCACAAGGUGAACACGACGUAAAUCUGGGGAUAUAAGUGCUUGUCCCCCCCCUACAUACACAAACUUUAUCUCUAUCUCCACCAUUUUGCUUGCCGGUGAUGGAGCACAUCCGGACGCCUAAGGUGGAGAAUGCGCGUCUCCUGGACCGGUCGUCAGGACAGAGAAAAGCCAGCAUUGGGACUCUGUACCUUUCAGCCACGCACACCAUCUUUGUAGAAAACAACCCUGAGACACGCAAGGAGACAUGGGUGUUACACAGUAUGCUGAGCAGUGUGGAGAGGCCACCCACCAUUCCCGCAGGAAGUCAGCUGAUCCUGCAUUGUAAGGACUUCCGUGUCUUCCAGAUCCUCAUUCCGCAGGAGAGAGACUGUUUGGAGGUCCACACGUCAUUGCUAAGAUUGUCGCGGCCAGAGAAGUACAGUGAGCUGUACUGCCUGUCCUUUAAUCCCAAUGUGAACAAAGUGGAGAGAGAAGAGUCCUGGAACUUCAUCGACCUAACGGCUGACUUCAAGAGGAUGGGAGUUCCAAAUAACUUGUGGGUUGCUACAGUGGCCAACAGUGAAUAUAGGGUCUGUGAUACGUACCCAUCACAACUCUUUGUUCCAAAGUCAGCCACAACUGCCUUAAUCGUGGGAAGCUCAAGGUUCAGGAGUCGAGGGCGAUUCCCUGUUCUGUCCUACUUCCACCAGGACACAUUGGCAGCCGUAUGUCGGUGUAGUCAGCCACUGUCCGGCUUCAGUGGACGCUCUCAGGAUGAUGAGAUGAUGCUGCAGGUUAUGAUGAAGUCCAACCCUGGCAGUGACUACAUCUAUGUAGUGGACACCAGGCCAAAGCUUAAUGCCAUGGCAAAUCGAGCUGCAGGUAAAGGCUAUGAGAACGAGGAUCACUACACCAACAUCAAGCUGCAGUUCAUCGGCAUCGAAAACAUCCACGUUAUGAGAAGCAGUCAGCAGAAAAUCCUUGACGUGGGCGAGAUGAGAUCUCCCUCCAUGACUGACUUCCUGUAUGGUCUGGAGAACUCUGGUUGGCUCAAACAUAUUAAAGCCGUACUGGACGCGGGGCUCUUCAUAGCCAAGGCAGUGGCCAAUGAAGGUGUCAGCGUGUUGGUUCACUGUUCAGAUGGCUGGGACAGGACGGCCCAGGCCUGCUCUGUAGCCAGUAUCCUGUUGGACCCAUACUACCGAACCAUAAAAGGACUCAUGGUGCUGAUAGAAAGAGACUGGGUUUCUUUUGGACACAAGUUCUCCCAAAGGUACGCCCACCUGGAUGGAGAUCCCAAAGAGGUGUCUCCUGUCAUCGAUCAGUUUCUGGAGUGUGUGUGGCAGCUAUCUGAGCAGUUCCCGUGCGCCUUUGAGUUCAACGAGCGCUUCCUCAUCGCCAUACACACACACAUCUACUCCUGUCAGUAUGGAAGCUUCCUGGGCAACAGUGAGAAGGAACGUAGGGACAUGAGGCUCCAUGAGCGAAGUCAUUCGUUGUGGCCUGAGCUGUGGAAGGACAGAGCAGAGUACACCAACCCUCUGUACAAGGACGAGUUGAGCCAGAGUCAGGGGGUCCUGAGACCAAACACCACGCCCUACUGCUUCAAAAUGUGGAAAGGUCUUUAUAACCGCAUGGAGAAAUCAAUUCCUCCUUGCCAGUCUGCAGCACACUUCCUAUCAGCUGUGAAGGGGGAGUCCCAGCAGCUGAAAGAGGAGCUAACCAAUCACCAGGAGGUACCAUCAGAAGGAACCGCCAACCACAAACCCCUGGGCUUCAGACAAGUCUGGUCCGAGGGGUUUGCCUGCUCGGACUGUACCUGGGAGGGACUCCUGCUUUGGGAGGGAGAGGACAAGGGGGCUCACGGCAACAAGCGCUAGUGAGAAACUGAGAACGACAAACAACAACCCUAACAGGGAAGCCGAUCUCAUGGGAGGGAAUGAAUGUCCCGACGAGGAGGACUAGCUAAACAGCAGGAGACAGAUGCAGGCUGGAACCGCUUACCACACAAUCCUAAUCAGCAGUCUCGCACUGGAAAGAGGACACGCCCAUUUCUUUGAACCAGCCAACCACAAAACUCCAACACAAGUACACCAAUCUGCCCCUACUUCUAGGACCGCACAACCAGCCCAACACAAAAAAACCUGAUGACCUCUUCACCUGCACCCACCUGGAACCAGGCGUGGCCGAUUGUCCAGCGGUGGAGACGAGGUCUUCGCUGUCUGACAGGAAAAUACUUAACCCUGCCGCCUGGCUGGAAUGUGAUAGACAUUCUCCUCUGACACACAGAGGGGCACAAUAUGAUGAGUUAAAAUGGCUUCGCAGUAAAAGGUUGAUUGAUUUUCAAGCUAUAGUUUGUCUCGUUCAAUUUCCAUCCAAAUGAAGUCAUACUAGCUGUUCACCCUUUUUACAAAGGCCGUGGCAGACCUUCCAUUUAAUUUCUAUUCAAUUGCAUUGUUUAGUUGCAGAUAGCGAAGAUGUUUGUUGUUUUAUAUGUGGAUGUGUUUUUUAGGUGGCUGAAUUUCUUAAUGGGACCCACUAUUACUAUCUUUUAGAUGGAUAAAUGACAUAUGUAACCAGUCUGAAAUAAAGUAGAACAAGUUUGAGGAAGAUAGUGAAACACUUCGUUUAAUCGGAAAAGUCCCUGGGCUUACCUUAGCUUUUGUCCCAAAGAUGUCUCCUCUUUAAGAAAAUCUAAAAACAAUUAACUACACGAUGGAGGUUUUAAAGAAUGAUUUGUUUACUCCCAGUCUUCACUUCAGUGUAAAAUAAUAUUUGUUAUUAUACUAGUCUUGGUAAAAAGGUAUUUUGUCCCAAGUAUUUCUUUGUAUGGCCAGUUGAACUUCAGACACACAGCAAGAAGUAGAUGGCAUCCCUCCUAUAAUUGACUUAUUUCACAGUUUGAAACUAUGUUAUACAACUCAGUAAUAAUUAGUCACAUGAUUACACAUUGUCUUAUCUGUUUUAUGCAGAGGAAAGUAGAUGAAUGUGUUGAGAGGUGUUUGAGGGGUCACAGAUCGGGGACCCAGGGUCAGCCCUCCAUGGUCCCGGUCAAAGCUACACUACAAACAGGAGGUCAACUCCAACCACUCAAGUUUCUUCCCUAAUACCAACUUAGAUGAAACCUGGUCAUUAGUUGCCUUCAAGUCUUAAAGUGUUCUUCCUUUUGUUUACCUUCUCCAAAACAAUACUCAUGAAACCCCAAACUGCCACUAGGGUUCAGUAUCUAUUUAUUAUUUAUUUAUAUUAUACUAUUUAUUUAUAUUCUAUUUAGACAACUUUCCUUUUGCAGCCAUGAUGGAAGUAAAUACGGGGAAGAGGAUGCUGAAGGGAAUACAGUCCAACAGGAUAUUUCUAGAACCAGUCCAACUAUUGGUAAUUAACAAGUAAUUCUGAUAUAAGAACAUAUAUUUACUUAUGUUUCAGUGAACUGUCAUCAUUCUAUAUCCACAUCAAUGUUGUCAAUGCUACAUCCUAAGGUCAACUCAAGCUUCAGAUGAGAAUCAUGACAUCAGAUAGGGAUUCUACAAAUAUUAUAUAAACUGUAGAAUGUCAGAGUUUGUGGUUUGAUAGAUAACGUACCAACAACAAGAACAGAUUUAAACACAAUUUGAAUUCAUUCAGUUUCAUGGUCUCUACAAUGCCUGUGUGAUUCCAAAUGUUAACAUUGUAUUUAAUAAAUGUUCAUUCAUUAUAAAGUUUGCUAA